GGCCGGAGCGAGCGCCAGCUCGUCCUCCGGGGCCCGCCGCGGCCGGCCGGAUGCCAGGGCGGGCAGGGCUGCGCGCAGGCGGGAGGGCGGGCGGAGGCGAGCAGGAAGCGCCGCUCCGCGGGGAGCCGAGGCCUCUGGGAGCCAGCGGGAGACGCCGGCCGGUGACUGUGGGCAGCAGUUGGGGCUAGAGGUGGUGUGCUAAGUCGUCCAGGCUCUGACCUCUCCGACCAUGACAUGGGGCCACCAUUUGCCCAGGGCCUCUCAUGGCCUUGGCCUGGGAAGAGCUCGCCGGCCAGCAGAUGAAUAUAUCCCCUUUCUGGCCCAUUGGAGUUGGCCGCCUGAGAGGGAGUGUCCCCUUGGGCCCUCCAGGGCCUUUAUCCGCCACCAUGGAAACUCAGCAAACAGUGAUCCCCCGUCAGGAAGGCUUGGACAGUUGUUCCGGAGUGUCUCUGCAACUGAAGCUAUACGGCAGCACCGCAAGAACCUGACUGAGUGGUUCAUCCGACUGCCCAGGGAAGAGCGGCAGUUCGGCCCCACCUUUGCCCUAGACACAGUCCAUGUAGACCCCGUGAUCCGUGAGAGCACCCCUGAUGAGUUGCUUCGCCCAGCAGCAGAGCUGGCCCUGGAGCACCGGCCACCUGCAGCGGGCCUGCCCCCACUGGCCCUGUCUCAGCUCUUUGACCCCGAUGCCUGUGGGCGCCGGGUGCAGACCGUGGUGCUCUAUGGGACGGUGGGCACAGGCAAGAGCACAUUGGUGCGCAAGAUGGUCCUGGACUGGUGUCAUGGGAAGCUGCCAGCAUUUGAGCUGCUCAUCCCCUUCUCCUGCGAGGACCUGUCCUCCCUGGGCCCUGCCCCGGCCUCUUUAUGGCGACUUGUGGCUCAGCGCUACACACCCCUGAAGGAUAUUCUGCCCCUCAUGGCUGCUGCGGGAUCCCGCUUGCUGUUUGUGCUCCAUGGCCUGGAGCGGCUCAACCUUGACUUCCAGUUGGCCGGAACAGGGCUUUGCAGCGAUCCGAGGGAGCCAGUGGCGCCUGCUGCCAUUGUCGUCAACCUGUUACGCAAAUACAUGCUGCCUGAUGCCAGCAUUCUGGUGACCACCCGGCCUUCUGCCAUCGGCUGCAUCCCCAGCAAGUACGUGGGCCGAUAUGGUGAGAUCUGCGGCUUCUCUGACACCAACCUACAGAAGCUUUACUUCCAGCUUCGCCUCAACCAGCCGGACUGUGGGCACAGCCCUGGGGGUGCUGGUGUCUCAGCCACACCGGCUCAGCGUGAAAACCUGGUGCAGAUGCUCUCGCGGAACCUGGAGAGCCACCACCAGAUCGCUGCCGCCUGCUUCCUGCCCUCCUAUUGCUGGCUGGUCUGUGCCACCUUGCACUUCCUGAGUACCCCCACCCCAGCAGGCCAGACCCUCACGAGCAUCUACACCAGUUUCCUGCGCCUGAACUUCAGUGGGGAAAUGCUGGACAGCACUGCCUCCUCCAGGAAGUCCCUGAUGGCCUAUGCAGCGCGAACCAUGGGCAAGCUGGCCUACGAGGGGGUGUCUUCCCGCAAGACCUACUUCUCUGAGGAGGAUGUCCGUGGCUGCCUCGAAGCUGGCAUCAAGACAGAAGAGGAGUUUCAACUGCUGCAUGUCUUUCGCCGGGAUGCCCUCAGGUUUUUUCUGGCCCCCUGCGUGGAGCCAGGGCACCUCGGCACCUUUGUGUUCACUGUGCCCGCCAUGCAGGAAUACCUAGCAGCCCUCUACAUCGUGCUGGGUUUGCAUAAGACCACCCUGCAGCGGGUGGGCAAGGAAGUGGCUGAGAUCACGGGCCGCGUCGGAGAGGAAGUCAGUGUGGUGCUGGGCAUCGUGGCCAAGCUGCUGCCUCUGCGGGCCCUGCCUCUGCUCUUCAACCUGCUCAAGGUGGUGCCCAAAGUGUUUGGGCGCGUGGUGGGCAAGAGCCGGGAGUCGGUGGCCCAGGCCAUGGUGCUGGAGAUGUUCCGAGAGGAAGACUACAACAACGAUGAUGUCCUGGACCAGAUAGGUGCCAGCAUCCUGGGUGUGGAGGGCCCCCGGCGCCACCCAGACGAGCCCCCCGAGGAUGAGGUCUUUGAGCUCUUCCCCAUGUUCAUGGGUGGGCUUCUCUCAGCUCACAACCGGGCUAUGCUGGCUCAGCUUGGCUGCCCCAUCAAGAACCUGGAUGCCCUGGAGAACGCCCAGGCCAUCAAGAAGAAGCUGGGCAAGAUGGGCCGGCGGGUGCUGCCCCCAUCAGAGCUCCUUGACCACCUUUUCUUCCACUAUGAGUUCCAGAAUCAGCGCUUCUCUGCUGAGGUGCUCAGCUCCCUGCGCCAGCUCAACCUGACUGGGGUGCGCAUGUCACCCCUCAAGUGCACAGUGGUGGCCACUGUGCUGGGCAGCGGAAAGCAUGCUCUGGACGAGGUGAACUUGGACUCCUGCCAGCUGGACCCUGCAGGGCUGCGCACACUCAUGCCUGUCCUCCUGCGUGCCAGGAAGCUGAGCUUGCAACGCAACAGCCUGGGCCCCGAGGCCUGCAGGGACCUUCGAGACCUGCUGCUGCAUGACCAGUGCCAAGUUGCCACCUUGUGGUUGUCCAAUAACCCAGUAACGGCAGAGGGUGUAGCCCUGCUGCUGGAGGGGCUGGCAGGAAACACCUCGCUCACACACCUGUCUCUGCUGCACACGGGGCUUGGGGACGAGGGCCUGGAGCUGCUGGCUGCCCAGCUGGACCGUAGCCAAGGACUACAAGAGCUGAACGUGGCCUACAAUGGCGCUGGCGAUGCAGCGGCCCUGGCACUGGCCAAGGCUGCUCGAGAGCACCCUUCCCUGGAGCUGCUACAGCUCUACUUCAAUGAGCUGAGCUCAGAGGGCUGCCAGCUCCUGCGGGACUUGGGGGCCACUGCUGAAGGUGGUGCCCGGGUUGUGGUGUCACCGACAGAGGGGACAUCCGUGUCUGAUUACUGGUCGGUGAUCCUCAGUGAAGUCCAGCGGAACCUCAACAGCUGGGAUCGGGGCCGGGUCCGGCGCCACCUUGACCUGCUGCUGCGGGAUUUGGAAGCCAGCCGAAGUAGCACUCUCAAUCCUUGGCGCAAGGCCCAGCUGCUGCGCGUGGAGGGGGAGGUCAAGGCCCUGCUGGAGCAACUGGGAGGCCCUGGGAGCUGAGACGGUGGUAGCAUGCACCUAGAUGGAUGAUCCCUGCCCCCAAACCUCUUUCUUCUAUGGCCUCCUGGCUUUUGUUCUUCCUUCUAGAAAGGUCCCCCAGGCUGGCGGUAAAGGAAUGGGCAUAGCACGGAAUGUGCCAGUUGUCCUGGGCAUGUCCAACCAGGGUUCCCAAGUCUGAGGUUUCCAGACACAGAACGUGCCCCCUCUCCCUUUGGCUAGAGCGACCGGAGGACGUGGCGUGUUGGUGACCAAAUUGCCCUGUGGCCAUGGCCUCGUCGCCAUCCCUGCCUCUCCACCUCCAGGAGCCUCUGACUGUCCACCAGAGGGCACACUGCUGCCUGCCUCCCCAGGUGUUGUCAUCCAGCCCCCACC